AUGCCAAGGAGUGAAAACGUUACGUCGCAGAGUGGUCAAUUAUGUCGACUUCAGACAAGCGCAUCAUUCGACGAUUGGACGAAAUUCUCCACGGUCACCUCCUGCCGAGGAACGACGGGAAAACUGUUUCGAGGCUCCAAAGUCGGUGGCUUUAUCGAAGUCUCGCGCGAAAAGCUACCGGAAAGUGUGCACCUCAAGACGCUCACUGUAUAUCCGACCGCUAAAUAUUUAUCCGUGACUGUCUGUGUAACGUAA